AUGCCCUACUUCAUUGUGUGUAACCGGCAGCUUAGCUGGACUCUGACACUGGUGCUUGGGUAUCUCUUUUACCUCCUCCUGGGAGCCAUGAUGUUCCAACUACUAGAGAAGCAGGCAGAAGCUCAGAGUCGAAACCGGUUCCAAAUGAAGAAGCUUAUGUUCCUGCAAAACUAUACAUGCCUGGAUCGUCAAGCUCUGGAACAGUUUGUGCAGGUCAUUAUGGAAGCCUGGGAAAAAGGAGUCAACCCUGAAGGAAAUUCAACCAAUCCUAGUAACUGGGACUUUAGCAAUAGUUUCUUCUUUGCUGGGGCUGUAGUCACUACUAUAGGUUAUGGGAACUUGUCCCCCAGUACAGUAGCUGGACAGGUCUUCUGUGUAUUUUAUGCUUUGUUUGGGGUCCCUCUUAAUUUGGCAUUUCUUAAUCGGUUGGGGAAAGGACUCAGCACACACCUGAUUGACCUGGACGGAUGGGUCCACAAGUCAGGGCGAGCUCAGGUGAUGCAGACAUUAACCAUGCUAUUAUUUCUGAUGGCUGGGACUUUACUCUUCCUGGUUUUUCCACCAAUGAUCUUCAGUUAUGUUGAAGGCUGGAGUUAUGGAGAAGGCUUCUACUUCACCUUUAUCACCCUCAGCACCAUUGGAUUUGGAGAUUAUGUAGUAGGCACUGAUCCUAGCAAGCACUAUAUUUCAGUGUACCGAAGCUUGGCAGCAAUUUGGAUUGUUUUUGGUUUAGCCUGGCUUGCUCUGAUAUUCAACCUAGGAGCAAACCUAAUGGAAAAAUUCCUACAAUUUAAUAAGCAAAAGCCAGAUCCAGGGAUAACAGAAGUUACUAUUUCCAAAGUAGAAGAUAAUCUUGACCAGCCCAGGAUCCACAUUCCCAGCUGA